GCAAAGUCAAGCCACCCGGUUCACCACACCACGAACCUAGCCAUCAACUUUUAGAGUUGCGCUCCGCGUCAGUCUAUCCGGUCCUAUGCGGAGGAACUAGAACAAGACCAAUCCAAUUCCAGAAACUCCCAAAAGAGAAGAAAAAUACUCCCCCACCUUUCCGGCGGGGCAAAUCGCAUUCGGAGAUUCGGACACGCGGGGGGACCCUGACUAUCAAUCAUUGACGUGCUCGACUCGACAUCUCUUUGAGCCGCUGGACUUUGAGCUGCGUUCAUUGUGUACCACUCACAACAGCCAGCAGCAAUACCUAGCUCCUGCAAAAGGUAUCGACUAGGGAAGCACAGAAAAUACAUCCGAAAUGGCGGCCCCGCGCAUAACCACCACCCGGCCGCUCUCCGCUGUCCUCCCGCCUCUAGUCCUCGGCACCGCAACCUUCAACUACCAAUACGUCUCGGACCCCUCUCGGAUGCCCUCCGUCGACAUUGUCUCCCGCGCCCUCUCCCUCGGCGUAAAUGCCUUCGACACCUCCCCCUACUACGGCCCCUCCGAGACCAUCCUUGGCGCCGCCCUGCGCAUCCUCUCCCCGCCCCGCGACUCCUACUUCCUCGUCACAAAGGCCGGCCGCAUCGCCCCGACCGAGUUCGACUACUCCCCAGCUUGGAUCCGCGCUUCCGUCCUCCGUAGCCUCGAGCGUCUCAAUACCACCUACCUGGACUUAGUCUACACCCACGACGCAGAAUUCGUAACCCCCGACCAGGUCGUCGCUGCCGUAUGUGAGCUACGCCGUCUCCGCGACGAGGGCCUCGUUCGUUAUGUCGGUAUCUGCGGCUACCCUGUCCCGGUGCUCUGCGAGCUAGCCGAAAAGAUCCUCCGCGAAACGGGCGAACCCAUCGACGCCGUCCAGUCCUUUUCGCACUUUUGCAUCCAGAAUGAUACCCUCGGCAGCGACGCGAUCCUCACACGACUGAAAGAUGCCGGUGUCGGUGUCGUGACCAACGCGAGCAUGCUGAGCAUGGGUCUGCUCACCACCCGCGGUGUCAACGACGGGCCCAUGGCGAGUUGGCACCCGGCCCCAAGCCCCUUGCGCAAGCUAUGCAAGAGCCUUGUAGUAAUCGCCGAGGGAGCGGGAGAGAGAAUGGAAGAGCUCGCUCUGUACUGGGCCAUGGCGAACUGGGCGCGCGUAGGAGGUGCCUUUGGCAGCGAGCUGCUGCCGCCCAUUUAUAACGGUCCUACCAAGGUCGGUGUCAGCGUCAUGGGCGUAACGUCCGUGUCUGAACUGGAAGAGACGUUCCUUGCGUGGCAGGGCGUGAUGCGCGAGCUCGCCGCCGAGAGCGACAAGUCAAAUCCCGCCGACGCCCCGGCCAGUCGGCUUGACAAGAUUCAGCGGUUGGUCACGGAAAACAUGUGGCCUGCCUUGGGCGAAUGGCGGAAUUACAGCUGGGCCAGUCCUGGCGAGGAUUUCGUCAACCAACCUUCCGUCGCCGCCAUCGAUGUUGCCCUUCCUGCUGUCACUGCCGCCGAGCCACACUUGUAAGCCUGGCAGAGGACCCAUUUCACUACGAGCAGAGUUGGUAGGGGAGGUCAAAUUUUCAAACAUAAUGGAGAACAACUGGGGGUAUCUCCCAUGAGUAGAUGGUAUUGUCCAGCCACUUGGGACUAUUGACAUCCCGGUCACUUUCUUCAUAUAUCUGUGUAAGGUAGAUUGGGUAGAAUACAGUGAGCGCUAGCCAUUCACACGGCACAGAGCAGAAA